AUGCCGCUCAUCAUUUUAACCGGAUUCCCAUGCUCGGGUCUCACCCAUCGCGCCAACCAGCUAGCAUCUUUGCUGGAAAAACACCAGGAUGAAAUAUUCGCGGCCGCUGAAGCAGGCACGCCAGUGUCAUUGAAGUCCCGUUACACGGUCCACGUUGUCGCAUCGCAUGACUCCUCCCAUCCUCGGAUCGUUUAUGACCAUGCCCGUACAGAGAAAGAGGCGCGUGGAGUUGCAUACGCGCGAGCCAAGCGCGUGCUCAAGCGAGACAGCAUUGUCAUUCUCGACGGAAUGAACUACAUCAAAGGAUGGAGGUACCAGCUUUGGUGCGAGGCAAAAGCUGCACAAACAACUUGCUGUGUGGUUCAUGUCGGCACACCCGUCGACCGAUGUGUCGCCAACAACGAAGCCCGCCUACGCCGAGACGCGGAUAAAGAUGACAGCACACCACAAACCUCUGAAAACACAGAUACCCUCGAUACUGAAGAGGCAUACCCAUCCGAACUACUAAACAAUCUGAUCUUCCGCUACGAAGAGCCAAGUACCCACAGCCGCUGGGACAAACCGCUCUUCACAGUACCUUACGACGACCCCGAGCCCCCAGUAUCAGAUAUUUUUGAAGCUCUCACAGGCGUGGCUCUCCCCACUGAAAAGCCGACACUCCCCAGCCUCACCACCCUUGCCCCUGCCAUCUCCGACGCAGCCAGCACAGCAACAGGCGGCCCAAGAGGCGGUCGGUUAUCGACUCGUCCGCGAAUUGUCCCCCACCAAGCGACCGUUCAAGCAAGCGCCACGGAUCCGAACGCAAUGUACGCAAUGGAGAAGCGCACCUCUGCAGUUGUGGCUGCAAUUCGUAAUUUCACAACGACAUAUCCAACCGCGGAUAUCGCCCUCGCUCAGAGCGAUGUCGCCGAUGGAGUUGCCAUUUCCGUGCCGGACGUUGCCGUUUCGGUCUUCCUACCGUCUCAUAUCGUACUAUCGGGCACAACGGAGGAGCUCGCUGGUGCGGGUGGUGUUCUUGCACUACCAAGGUUGCAGCGGCUGAGAAGGCAGUGGAUUGGUUUGAACCGGGCCUAUGUCGGUCGAGGAGCUGGGGCACUAGCUGCAGAACAAGUUGGGGAUGCGUUCGUUCGAUUCCUUAAUGCUGAGUUUUCGGGUGCUGCGGGAGAGGUUGAAGAGUAA